UAUUCCUUGUAGGUUUUGUGGUAGAAUAGUUAAAUUGGUACGUAUGGAAUUAAAGUGUUAAGAAUUUUUAUUUUUUUUAACUAAAAAAAAAAAGUGGAUAAUGCUCAAAUUCAAAGAAUACUUACAUGGUGGUUCAAUUUGUGAAAAUGAUUCGAAGGGUUGUUCAUUUGUUCUUCUCAACUUCUCAUUAUUAUUCAUUAUCAUAACAACGCAAUAAUGUUGGUUUUGCUAGCUUGAAUUUGAAGUUCGGGAUUGAAUGAUAGCCAUUCAUUUCCAUUCUACUAUACCACAAGAAUAUGAUAACGAAAUUGCAAGCUACUUUUCACUGUUGUUUUUUUAAGAACAAAAUGUUGGUACUAGAUAAUGCUAUACUUUGUGGUGGAAAUGGCAUUUCUCAUCUCUUCUUGCUCGAGAAAAGAAGCACAAGAACUUGCUCCAUAGUCGGAUUUGCAAAAAAGAACAACAAUUUCUCUGAAAAUUCAAAAGCUCAACAACUCAAAAUAUCACGCACACUUGUCGCGCAAUCUGCAAUUGGAGUUUUCGCAUUAGGCUUCGUGGAUUCCGGGUAUAGUGGAGAUUGGUCAAGAAUUGGAGUGAUAUCAAAAGAGGCUGAAGAUUUUCUUAAAUUGGCUGCUUUUUUUGUUGUGCCUUUCUGCUUCUUCCUUGUACUUUGGCUUUUUAAUAAGCAAUCAGAAGAAGAAUGAUUGAUUGAUCGAUUGAUUAAUCAGCAUUGGAUUUUUAUUAUUAUUAUUGGGUCUUCCUCGAAAAAAUCAAUGAUUUUGAGAAAUUUGUAAAUGUUUUUCUUAAUAGCCACACAUGUCGCCCAAAUUCAAUUAGCAUCGGUUUUAUAUUUCUUGUUGCUAAGCUUAGCUAGUGUAAUAAUCAUCAUCAAAUAUUAUGGUCGGGAAUACAUGCGCUUGUUAUGACCGUCGAGUUUUAACUAUUGUUCAAAAAUAGUUGAAGAUAUUCGAAUAUUUGAAUAUAUAUAUAAUUACUUUCUUUAAUGAAUUUGAAUUUUGAUGGAUUUUCUGCACCCAGUCUCCCUUUCUUACUUUUUUUUUUUUUUGAGCUUUACCAUCAUACCAUUCUCUGUCCCUUUCUUAGGAGUAGUGAUUCAAUGACAAAUACGUGCUUAUCAUUGAAGAGCAUCCAACUUAACUUGUCCAUAGCACUUUGAGCGGUUUAUUUGUUUUCAAAUUGUACAAAACCAUAGCCCAUGGACUGGCCAUUAGAGUCCGUAGCUAUCAUGCAUGAAAAGAUGUUAUCAUGCUAUCAUGCAAGGCUUUAUUGUCAAUUGCCUUGUCCAAAUUCUUGAACUUUUUUGAGCAAACCCUUUCUGCACGCUUUUAGGGGGAAAGGGAAUUAGAAACAACUAAAAUCAGAGGGUUAUUUUAGUUCCAAUAAUUUGACCUUUGCAUUCAUUAUUCGUAGCAGUUGCCUAAAUGAUCCACCAUUAUUAUCAUCAUAAAAGAAAGAUGUUUAAAUUCAUAAUUUAAACUAUCACUAUCAUGUGAACAAUUAAAUAAAAAAAUCCCAAAAAACAUGAAAGAUCGAGGAUGCAAGAGGAUAUACAAUUGACCUCAUAUAAGGGUAAUUUUGGUAAAAGGAUAAAAAUUUGCCCUGGAUGCUAAAAGAGUUGAUCUAACAAAAUGACUGGUCAUAUUUGAAAUAAGAGUGACUAACUCUAACCGUCUAUUUUUUAAAUAAAAUUUUAACUGUUAUAUCGUGCUCGUUAAGUGCACAAAAGGAGAAACAUUUUUAAUAUUCUCUAUGUUCUAAAAAAAAAAUCAUAUCCGGUUUAUGAGAUUUAUGUGGAAAGUUUCAAAAAUUAGUGUGAAUUUUUUUCUUUGGUUGGACAAAAAGUAUUGUUUUGUUGGACAUAAAAAAGUUUGUUCUUUCUUCUCUCUCUUUAUUCAAGCC